AUGCCACCCAAACAAUCAAGAUCUGCAGGCGGAGGCAGGUCUGCAGAUGACAACAAGCAAGAUCCUCUACAGGCUGUCGUCGUCGCAGAUACGUUCGAAGACAGAUUUGCCCCAUUUACCCUGGAGAAACCUAGAUGUCUACUGACUCUGGCCAACACGCCGCUGAUUGAGUACACUCUCGAGUAUCUAGCAAGUGCAGGAGUCCAAGUUGUCUAUGUCUAUGCCGGGGCACAUGCCGAUCAAGUGGAAUCCUACAUCGAGGGGUCUCGAUGGAAGUCCUCCAACUCACCCUUUGAGAGCCUAAUCCUGCUGAGGUGCAUUGCGAGCUCGGUGGGUGACCUAAUGAGAGAUCUCGACCAAAAGCACUUGAUGGCUGGAGACUUCAUUGUGGUUAGUGGUGAUAUAAUCGCAAACUUUCCCAUUGAAAAGGCUCUACGACAGCACAAGACCCGACGAGAAAAGGACAAAAAUGCCAUCAUGACCAUGGUUCUUAGGCAGGCUGAGCCAGGAAUUCACGACCACAGUGGCGGAGUAGUGCCAACUUUUGUCAUCGACCCAACCAAAGAUAGAUGUCUGCACUAUGAGGAAGCAUUUCCAGGUAGUCAGUUCACCUCCCACAUUGAUCCGGAAUUGUUGAAAACUCCUGAGCUAGAGGUUCGACAGGACCUCAUCGACUGCAGAAUCGACAUUUGCACGCCGGAUGUUCUCAGCCUGUGGUCGGACAACUUUGACAACCAGUCACCUCGAAAAGACUUUCUUUUUGGUGUUCUCAAGGACUGGGAACUGAAUGGCAAGACGAUCCACACAUAUAUCGUCAAGGACCAUUACGCCGCCCGGGCGGCAGAUUUCUGGUCAUAUAAAGCCAUAUCUCAAGAUUUGAAACAAGGUGUAAUCGCAUCAAUUGCAGUCGAAAACAAUGUCUUCGGCAAUACACACUACGAGCGUUUGCAGGACGGAGUUGUUAUUGACAAGAAGGUGAUUGUCGCCAAACCCACGAAGCUCGAAGCAGGCACAAUAGUCGGUCCCGAAACCACCAUCGGUGCAGGGUGCGACAUCAGGAACAGCAUACUCGGCCAACGGUGUCAUAUUGGUCGGAAUACCAAGAUUGAUGCUGCCUACAUAUGGGAUGAUGCGUCUGUUGGCAACAAUGUCAAAAUUUCACGUGCUAUCAUAGGCGACGAGGCUUUCAUAGGCGAUGAUUGCAUCAUUGAAGAAGGCGUUCUGAUAUCUUUUGGCGUUAAGAUCGCCGCUGGCACCACAGUCCCAAGCGGGUCAAGAAUCGUCAAAACACCACAGCGGGCAGAUGGAGAAGUGAAAAAUGAUGCCAUGUUUGUUGGUGACGCAGGUGAAGGUCAUGCUUACGUGGAGGACGAGGAAGACUACCUGAGUUCCAAGCUCUCGAGACUGGUAUACAACAGACCGGACUUUGCGGAUUCAGUGUCCACCCUGGACUCGGACAUGUCUGAAGACGAAAUCUCCUCUCUAGGCGGAUCACGAAGUCAAAGUUUUGGCGAUGAAUCCUCCGACCGAUUUCAACACGACACAGUGGCGAUCCUCACCCAGCGUAUGCAAGAAGGGAAGCACGUGGAUGAUAUGCUUAGCGAGUUGAUGGGCUUGAGGUUCAGUGGCGGAGCAGAUGAGACACAAGUCCGCAAAGCAGUCGCUGUGGCGCUUAUGAGGCAUAUUCAUGGGGAAAUUGAGGCUGGACUAUCUGCUGCAGAUGCAACCAGGCGGAUACUUACCGCAUACAAUCCCCUUGUUCGCAGAACAGGCGCAGAACAGGCAACCGAAGAACAAGUCUCGUUUCUGCUUGAUGCCCAAAAGGAAUUGUCCAAGCGGAAAGAUGGCGGCAAGACCCUUUUGUUCGUCGUCAAAGACCUCUAUGAUCUUGAGGUGUUUGGUGAAGAGGCCUUCACCGAAUGGUGGGCCGAUGAAAGAUCCAACAAUGACCCAGAGAUGGCAGCCGUAAGACAACCAAGCUCGCAAUUUAUCGACUGGCUAGAAAACGCUGAGAGCGAGAGUGAAAGCGAGGAAGAGGACGAAUGA